ACCAAUCCAAUUCGGAAGAUGAAAACAAGCUAGUUUUCGUGUCCUUCAAGCUUCAAGACUUUGAGUCAAACUUCCAAAAUAAAAAAAAGGCACCAAACUCGCGCUUCUCAAAGCAAGAGCCUACUUAGCCACCCUGCAACCUAAAGUCAGUGUAAGAAGUGAAGUGAAAAAAGCCAACUCCGUUGUGCCUUUAACGUUUACACCUUUAACUGAGUUUCCGAAGCAAAACCAAACCACCCCAAAAUGCCUCAAGUCAUCGAACAAUACACGCCGCUCCCGACCACUCUGGGAUGCAGCCCGAAGCUGAAGACUCUUCCGAAGAACCUGUACAACCAUCUCCGUGGGUUCCCGGUUGUCAAUGGUGAAGUGACCCAGCUGUCCGACAAGGUGCGCCGAUUCGUGGAGGAGUCGGCCGCCAUGUGCCAGCCGGAACGUAUCCACAUCGUGGAUGGUAGUGAGAGCGAAUCCAACACGCUGCUCAAGACGCUGCACAGCCAGGGUACGAUCAAGCCGCUGCCCAAGUACGACAACUGCUGGCUGGCGCAAACCAACCCGGCCGAUGUGGCCCGCGUCGAGUCGAAGACGUUCAUCUGCACCGAACGCCAGGAGCAGGCCAUCCCGACUCCGGCGGAAGGUGUCAACGGAACGCUCGGCAACUGGAUCGCUCCGGUGGACUACGAUCGCGCGGUAAUGAGCCGCUUCCCGGGUUGCAUGAAGGGCCGCACCAUGUUCGUGGUGCCGUUCUCGAUGGGCCCAAUCUCGUCGCCGCUGUCCAAGAUCGGCAUCGAAGUGACGGACUCGGCGUACGUCGUCAGCUCGAUGCGCAUUAUGACCCGCAUGGGCUCGGAGGUGCUGGACAAACUGUCCGACAACUCGGAUUUCAUCAAGUGUCUGCACUCGGUCGGUACACCAGCCAACGGAAAGAUCGCGGUGCCGUCGUGGCCGUGCGAUCCCGAGCGCACCAUCAUCCUGCACAAGCCCGCCAACAACGAGAUCGUAUCGUACGGCUCGGGCUACGGUGGUAACUCGCUGCUCGGCAAGAAGUGCUUCGCCCUGCGCAUCGGCAGCACCAUCGCCCGGCGGGAAGGAUGGCUCGCAGAGCACAUGCUGAUCCUCGGCAUCACCGACCCGAACGGAGUGAAGAAGUACAUCGCCGCGGCGUUCCCGUCCGCGUGCGGCAAAACGAAUCUCGCAAUGAUGAACCCGACCCUGCCCGGCUACAAGAUCGAGUGCGUCGGGGAUGACAUCGCCUGGAUGAAGUUCGAUUCCAAGGGCCAGCUACGGGCCAUCAAUCCGGAGAACGGGUUCUUCGGUGUAGCGCCCGGCACCUCGACGGAGACGAAUCCCAACGCCAUGGAGACGAUCUACAAGGACACGAUCUUCACGAACGUCGCGUCUACCUCGGACGGUGGCGUGUACUGGGAGGGCAUGGAGAAGGAGGUGUCGCGUGACGUCGAGAUCACCGACUGGCUGGGCAACCCGUGGAAGCUGGGCGAGUCCAAGACUCCGGCCGCUCACCCGAACUCUCGCUUCUGCGCGCCCGCCAGCCAGUGCCCGAUCAUCGACCCGGCGUGGGAAGACUCGGAGGGUGUUCCGAUUUCGGCCAUCCUCUUCGGUGGCCGUCGGCCGCAGGGCGUUCCGCUGGUGUACGAGGCCAACUCGUGGUCGCACGGUGUGUUCGUCGGUUCGGCCAUGCGCAGCGAAAGUACGGCCGCGGCCGAGUACAAAGGCAAGGCCAUCAUGAACGAUCCGUUCGCGAUGCGCCCGUUCUUCGGUUACAACUUUGGCGACUACCUUCACCACUGGCUGAGCAUGGAGCAGCGCGCCAACGCUGCCGGUGGCCAGGCCCCGAAGGUCUUCCACGUUAACUGGUUCCGCAAGGAUGCGAACGGCAAGUUCCUGUGGCCCGGCUUCGGCGAAAAUAGCCGCGUGCUGGAGUGGAUCCUGCAUCGCAUCGAUGACGUCGACUGCUACCAAGACACACCGAUCGGUCGCCUGCCGACCGAGGGCGCCCUCAACCUGAAGGGACUGGGCCCGGUGAACGAGCGGGAGCUGUUCUCGAUCCCGAAGGAUUUCUGGCUACGGGAGGUGGCAGAGAUCAAGCAGUACUUCGACAACCAGCUGCCGAAGGACCUGCCGAAGGAGAUCGCCAGCGAGCUGGAGCAGCUGAAGAGUCGCAUCGAGAAGAUGUAAGAAGUGAUCACAACCCAGACGUAACCAAGCAACCACUAGAGCUUAAGUCAACCGCUGAGAUUAGAUCGUUCCGGGAAACCGGAACAACCCCGGUUUAUUGACCGGGGCUGUCCCCCGUCCAGGGAACAACACGAACGGAGAGUUGGGAGCCACCGGAAGCACACGGCAGUGAGCUUGAGUUGGAUGAUGUAGAUACGUUGUAUUAAACCUUUUAAGAAUCGCUA